AUGACCAACACGGUGAAAGACUCGUUCUUGCCAAUCAUAAAUCCACCCAAGAUCAAGAGGAAACAUCUAAGAAAGUACUCAUGGCUUCCUGACGUCCUCAGAAUCAAAGGCAGCGUUAUACCCCGUAUCUGGGGACCCGUGUUAACUGUCACGAUUUUUGCGACGUUUGUUGCCUAUGCACAUACCAAGGGUCAUCGGGUCCAACUUACGAACUCUGUUGUUCCCUUGCUAUCCGUGGUCGUUGGCCUCAUACUGGUAUUCAGCACUUCUUAUGAUCGUUACUGGGAAGGCCGAAAGUCAUUUGCAUCCAUGACAUCCAACAUCCGAAAUCUUUCCCGUCUGAUCUGGGUGAAUGUUGCGCCUCCACCUUCAGACCAAGAGAUUUCUAUCAAAGGAAAAACAAAAACCAUCACACCCAAACAGUUGGAACGCAGGAAAGCAGAUGCAUUGCGUCUAUGUCUAGCAUUUGCUUAUGCAGUUAAGCACUACCUUCGUGGAGAAGAUGGCAUCAAUUGGGAAGACUAUCGUGGAUUGCUCCCGCCUUCAUUCCUCCAAGCCGAAGAUAUGGGGUAUCGUUCUGAUGCGUAUUCUGCGACGCGUAGCUCAUCGCCGUCGCCAAGUGAUAGUAGCAGCGGCAUGGCGUCGCUUGACCGAACCAAUGCCACAAAGCGAGUGCGUGUGAAGCGUAGCAAGCCGAACCUUGUCAGUCAGACGACACCGUUAUUAUCAAUUCAAUUUGCCGAGGAGACCUCUCUUCCUCUUCCAUUAAUUAUCUCCCAUGAGUUAGGCCGAAUGAUAUUCCGUUUUCGUCGGGACGGAUUGCUAGAAACUGUUGGGCCAGCAGGUACAAAUGCGAUGACUCAAUUAAUUCAGAGCAUGGUCGACCAAAUGACGACUAUGGAGCGUGUUGCGAAUACCCCAAUUCCGCCCUCUUAUGGAAUUCAUCUAAAACAAUGUGUCACCCUCUAUCUAUUUGCCUUGCCACUUACCAUGGUCAAUGACCUUGGCUGGACUAUGAUACCCAUCGUCACCGUUGUUGCAUUCACUUUAAUGGGCAUAGAGGGUAUUGCUGAUGAAAUUGAAAUGCCCUUUGGAACAGAUAAAUCUGAUCUUCCUCUCGAUACAUACUGCCAAGAUCUGAAGGAAGAAAUCGCAUUUAUGAUAACUCGACUUCCUGAAGUAGGGGAGGGAGUAUACGGCUAUGACGACGGUGAAGGAGAUGACUGA